AGACCAUUCAAUAGACCACCUCUGAAGCGCGAAUAAGAUCAAGUGAAGGUGUGGUCAUUUGGAUCAGCAUCAUGCCAAAGUUGAGUCCGUUCAGCUCUGUUCUCACGGAUACUUAAAUUAGAAGUCUUCCAUUCAUGCUCAUGUCAGUCAUGCCAACAGAAGGCUACGUUACGCCGCGUCUUUGCUCUCCUCGGAUCUGAUUCAUUUGGGGUUUCCGAUUGUCCCUUUUACGCACGAAGACACCUCCAGCACGGAGUUCCGGCGCGACUGUUUUAUGUCCAAUCUGGCUGUCUGAUCUUGUUGGACACAUAUCUCCACUCUCACCGAUGCGCUUUCCAUAUCACCUGGCUCUUCUGCAUGGAUAAAACACGACCGGCCUUCUUCAUCUUGAAUAAUUCUGGAGAAGACGAGUAAAAGGUUCGCAGUCCAGCCAUGGCCAUGGUGGUGAGCGUGUGGAGAGAUCCGCAGGAGGAACUGGCACCGGCGGGAUCUCUGGAUGAUCAGAGCGGAACGGGGAGAGACCACCACCACCGCCUGAACGCAGCCGCGCACUCUCCAAACACCGGACUGCCUUCCGAGGAGGAUAAAGGACAGAACUCGGCGCAGAACCAGCAGCACAUUGAAUGCGUGGUUUGCGGGGAUAAAUCCAGCGGGAAGCACUACGGACAGUUCACCUGUGAGGGAUGCAAAAGCUUCUUCAAGCGGAGCGUUCGGCGGAACUUAACGUACACGUGCCGUGCCAACAGAAGCUGCCCGGUGGACCAGCACCACAGGAACCAGUGCCAGUACUGCCGCAUGAAGAAAUGCCUGAAAGUGGGCAUGAGACGCGAAGCGGUUCAGCGAGGAAGAAUGCCGCCGAAUCAGCCGAACCCGAGCCAUUACGGGCUGACCAACGGAGACCCGCUGAGUGGCCAAUGCUACCUGUCCGGAUACAUAUCCCUCCUGCUUCGGGCCGAGCCAUAUCCAGCCUCCAGAUACGGACACCAGUGCAUGCAGUCGGGGAACAUCAUGGGCAUUGAGAACAUCUGCGAGCUGGCGGCCCGUUUGCUCUUCAGUGCGGUGGAAUGGGCGAGGAACAUCCCUUUCUUUCCUGAUCUCCAAAUCACGGAUCAGGUGUCUCUCCUCAGACUCACCUGGAGUGAACUUUUCGUGCUGAACGCCGCGCAGAGCUCCAUGCCACUCCACGUGGCUCCUCUCCUCGCCGCCGCCGGACUUCACGCGUCUCCGAUGUCCGCGGACCGAGUCGUGGCCUUCAUGGAUCAUAUCCGAUUCUUCCAGGAGCAGGUGGAGAAACUGAAGGCCUUGCAGGUGGACUCCGCUGAAUACAGCUGUGCCAAAGCAAUAGUGCUGUUCACAUCAGAUGCAUGCGGUCUUUCAGACGUACCGCAUAUAGAAGGCCUUCAGGAGAAAUCCCAGUGUGCUCUGGAGGAGUAUGUGCGGAUUCAGUACCCGAACCAGCCCACACGCUUCGGCAAGCUGCUGCUGAGGCUCCCCGCGCUCCGGAUGGUGUCUUCCUCCGUCAUAGAGCAGAUUUUCUUCGUUCGACUGGUGGGUAAAACGCCCAUUGAGACGCUCAUCAGGGAUAUGCUGCUAUCUGGGAGCAGUUUCAACUGGCCCUACAUGUCCAUUCAAUGAGAGGAAGAUGGAGAUGGGGACAUUUGGUGAGAAUAUACAGACAAACAGUCACGGGUGAUGCAGAAACUCUCUCAUUGUCGGUUCGUGAACAUGUGGAGAUAUCUUUACUUUCUUUCUCCUGAUCUUUUAACAGUCAGCCAUGACAUGUGCUAUAAAAAGACUUUAUAAAAUAACUUUUGAUUCACUUAUUCAACAGUGUAAUUGUCCAUCUUAAAUGCAAAACGUCUUAAUUUAGUUUUUUUUUUUUGUUUUGAAGGAAGGAAUAUGCAUUGAUCCAAAAUAACAGAAAUAAUUGGUGUUAGCCUACCUUAAAAACGUUCAGCAAAAAUACAAAGUUUGUUUUAACUGAGAAGCGGAGACAAUUGAUUUAACAAUUAUUUAUUUUGCUGUAUUUAUUUUACUGCUUGUCAACUUCAUGUUUCGAAACAAUCAACCACAGCACUUACGGUUUUCCGAGGCUCGACAAUGAAUAUUAUUGAUGUAUUUUCCAAUAUUUUUUCCCGGUAUAAAAUAAUACAAUUCAAACCGGUUUUUUUGGGGGGGGAGGGGGGGCUGCCAGGUUGGGCGAGGGGGACUGAUGGAUUUGCUGUAAGAUGCAACAUUUGAUUAAACAAUUUUCAUUAAUAAUUUGGUGCGUAAAUGUGCUUUUGUUUGUACUUUUGCCAAUAAAGUUCAUUUUCGUAAA